AUGCUAGUUCCUGAAGGGUCAUUAAAUCGAAGUAAUGGUGGCGUUCCUACCGGUGGGGUUAAGAAGAAGCAGGCAGCCGGACACGAUAGUGACAAACUCAACCUUCCAGCCCAUCAAGAGCCAGGUGAUCUACUAACCCCGAAAACGUCGAAAGCUUGUAAGGUGGGAUCACAGGUCAAGCCAAAAGCAGACGGGAAGAAAACGGCAGCGAAGGAAAAAUUGAAAACAUCUGAGCAACGACCGACGGACCAGAAGGAGCUGAAAAAACCCAGCGGACUGCAGGCAGAGGGAUUCGACAAGAAUCCGUCGAAAGCAGGCAAUAAACCGUCGGCCAAGGGUAGUAACCAGGCACUACCAACGGAAACCGACAAGAAUCUACCGAUAAGCAUUGGAAAGGCGAAGUCUGUAGUAUCCCAUGUAUCCAGUCGGGCAUCCAGUAGAUCCUCGCAAUCGCUUGUUAAGCUGAAGCUGCAGAAGCUAGAAGAAGAGCGGAUCCUAAACGCGAAGAAGAUGGAACAAGAACGAGUGUACUUGGAGGAGAAAUACAGGCUGCUGGAAGCGAUGGCAAGCGAGGACGGGUCGAAUACGAACAGUGAAUCGGAUGUCGUGAGAAGAUGGCUACCUCAAGCGCAAUCAAGUCACCAUUCGCAACCGGAAGAUCAAGGUUCGGUGGCCCAAGAAUCCCUCCACCCCGUCGCUGACCAAUUUUCCAAUCAUCGCUCUAGAGCACUCAUCGAUGGCCCACGUAACAUACUCGAGGAGAUUCGACGCGAAGGCCCACCGUACGUCGGCCGUCUGCCGGAACGUGAAGAAGACUUCUUUCCGCUAACUAAGAAACAGCUAGCUGCGCGGCAAGCCGUUGCUAAGGAUCUGCCCCAGUUCUCCGGCAAUCCUGAGGAUUGGCCACUCUUUGUGGCAACCUUCAAUAAUACGACAGCCAUGUGCGGCUUCAGCAAUGAUGAGAAUAUCUUUCGACUUCAGAAAAGUCUUAAAGGACGAGCAUUCGAAGCGGUGAAAAGCCGUUUGGUACAUCCCUCGAAUGUGCCAGGUAUUUUGAAGACACUAAAGAUGAUGUUCGGACAGCCUGAAGCCAUCGUUCACACGCUCAUUGAAAAAAUCCACACCCUGCCGGCCAUCAGAGAAGACAAGCUAGAAACCCUAGUGGACUUUGCCGUGAGUGUGGAGAAUUUCUGCGCGACGGUGGAUGCAUGCGGCCUGGAUGAAUACCUGUACAACACUUCACUUCUGCAUCAACUGGUGAGCAAGUUACCUCCAACCAUCAAGCUGAAUUGGGCGCAGUACAGGAUAUCUAUCCCAGGGGUCAACCUAGCAGCGUUCAGUACCUGGAUGUACUCUCUUGCUGAGGCAGCAAGCACCGUGAUAAUUCCGGAAACCACAAAUGAAAAGACCAUUCGGAGCGAAAGGAAGAAGGGAAAUGCCUUCGUCAAUGCUCAUUCCGGAAAUGCUUCCCCGGUGCCCCCGGCGACCAAACCAUCUAGCUGGAAGAAUCGCAGUGCCAACGACGAAUGCAUUGUCUGCAAGGAAGCAUGUCUGGCGGUCGACAAGUGCAAGCGCUUUCUGGACUUCUCCCGGGACUCACGCUGGGCCAUAGUACGGGAGUUCGGACUUUGUCGUCGCUGUCUCCGUCGCCACAAUGAAGAGUGUCAAGCCAAGCCUUGUGGGAAGAAUGGGUGUCAGUUCAAGCACCAUGCACUGCUGCACAACGACCACAAACAUCAACCGCCAUCCACACCAGCAACGUCUGCAAACACGAGAAUAAUGCCCCGUACAAUUGGGCAUACGGAUCCUCCUAGAGCAGACGCUGACUCGACAGCGCAUGGGUGCCACACGCAUCAAACCAAGUCAAGCAACAUCCUAUUCCGCUACGUUCCAGUAAUUCUACACGGAGAACGUGGGUCGAUCCGUACCUACGCAUUCCUGGAUGAUGGUUCGGAUCUUACGCUGCUGGAUGAAGAGUUGGCUGACGAGCUCGAGCUGGGUGGAGAAGUUCGAUCACUAUGCCUUCACUGGACCGGUGGUACACAGCGACGAGAGACAAUGUCAAGGAUCAUCAAGUUGGGGAUCGCUGGAGUGCAUAGUGGAGCCAAAACCUUCACAGUCAGCGGUGCGCGCACGGUGAACGAACUUCUUCUUCCGUAUCAGACAAUGGACAUAGAAGAGUUGUGUUCAUUGCAUUCCCAUCUAAAGGGGCUUCCGAUCGUAUCGUAUCACAAUAUUCGACCACGCAUUCUCAUCGGACUAAAGAACCAGCAUCUCAGCCUUUCCCUCAAAUGUCGCGAAGGCAAGCCGAACGACCCCAUUGCCAUCAAAACUCGUCUCGGCUGGACAGUAUGUGGAGGAGGAACAUUUGAAUCUGCAACUAGUCCAGUGCACUCUGUCUACCACAUUGGAUCUUGCGAAAAUGACUAUAAAAUGGACGACGACCUACACCAAACUAUCAAGGACUAUUUUUCGCUGGAUAGCUUGGGAGUUAUGAAGCCACAACAGGCCCUUCUCUCCGUCGACGAUCAACGAGCACAGUAUUUGCUUGAAUCAAUGACCAAGUUCACAGGAGAACGAUACGAAACCGGCCUCCUUUGGCGUCACGACAACGUCCGAUUACCGGACAGCCAAAAAAUGGCCCAGCGGCGGUUCCAGUGUCUUGAAACGCGCAUGAAGAAGGAUGAAGUGCUCUCCAAAACAUUAAAGGAAAAAAUGGCCGACUACGCAGAUAAAGGCUACAUACGAAAAUUGUCCAAUGAAGAGCUGCAGCAACCAUUCAAGCGGGUGUGGUAUCUUCCGAUAUUUCCGGUGACGAAUCCAAACAAACCGGGCAAAGUGAGGAUCGUAUGGGACGCAGCGGCCAAGGCGUUCGGCGUAUCGCUUAAUUCUGCUCUGUUGAAGGGUCCCGAUCACCUUUCGUCGUUGUUCACCGUGUUAAUCGGGUUCCGUGAGCGCCCCGUAGCCUUGGCAGGUGACAUACGUGAGAUGUUUCACCAAGUUCAAAUCCGGAAAGAAGACCAACAGUGCCAGCGGUUCUACUGGAGGGAUGAGAACGGAGAAGUAGUAGUUUAUGCAAUGAGCGUUAUGACAUUCGGCGCCUGUUGCUCCCCUAGUAGCGCUCAUUACGCCAUGAACCUGAACGCAUCGCGCUUCAACCAGAAACAUCCAGCCGCCGUUGAGGCAAUUAAGAAACGACAUUACGUUGACGACAUGUUGGUGAGCGCCAAUACCGAAGAAGAAGCAAUCAAACUUGCCCAGGAAGUAAGGUUUGUUCAUUCGCAGGGAGGAUUUGAAAUCCGCAACUGGACUAGCAACUCUCAAAGUGUCUUAGCAACCCUACGUGGAAGUAACGCUGUGGAAAAAAGCUUAAAUCUCUCGCCAGAAACGGAAGCUGAAAAGGUGCUCGGGAUGUGGUGGUGUACAUCUGCAGACGUCUUCACCUUCAGGGUCAGUUGGAACCGCUACGACUGCAACCUAUGGAACGGAUGUCGUCAUCCCACAAAACGGGAGGUACUACGGAUUCUCAUGACGAUUUUCGAUCCUCUAGGACUCAUUGCGCCGUUCCUAAUGUUCCUCAAGAUCCUUCUACAGGAAAUCUGGCGUAGCGGCAUCCAGUGGGACGACAAGAUCAACGACAACGCAUUUGCCAAAUGGCGUAGCUGGCUGCAAGUCCUACCGCGAGUUGAGGAAGUGCACAUACCACGAUGCUUCCGCUCUCAAGCUGCCUCUAGGUACGACGAAGUUCAACUUCACACAUUCGUGGACGCGAGUGAAAACGGCAUGGCCGCUGCAUGCUAUCUAAGAUUCAUGCAAAAUGGAUUUGUCUGGUGUCACCUAGUUGCCGCCAAAACAAGAGUUGCUCCUUUGAGAUAUCACUCAAUCCCACGACUGGAGCUUAUGGCAGCGGUUAUCGGCACGAGGUUAUCCCGAACGGUUGUCGAUUCCCUGUCAUUUAAUAUGAAUAAGCAAUUCUAUCAUUCAGAUUCUCGGGAUGUGCUUUGCUGGUUAUAUUCGGACCAUCGUCGUUACACACCAUUCGUUGCCUGUCGAGUUAGCGAGAUUCUGGAAUCAACGGAGCAAAUCCAGUGGCGUUGGGUUCCAACGAAGCUAAAUGUCGCGGAUGAAGGAACAAAAUGGGAGAAGUUUCCCGACAUGACUCCUGAAUCCAGGUGGUUCAUCGGGCCAGAAUUCCUACGCCUUCCGGAAGAAGCGUGGCCACGUCAACCGUCGAAAGCCAACAAGACCGAUACUGAACUCCGCCCAUAUCUAUUAACCCAUUCCACCGUACCUGACCCGGCUAUCAAUGUCUCCAGCUGGAAGCAGAUGGUCAAGGUAGCUACGCUUGUACACCGUUUCCCAAAAAACUGUCGUCUGAAGCAACAGAAGAAGCCUAUCCUGUGUGGUCCCCCUUCCACUGAAGAAAUACAGGUCGCCGAGAGAUAUGUGAUACGUCAAGCCCAACGAGAAGCUUACCCAGAUGAAACAGACAUUCUUCUGAAACCAACGAACGAAUCAUCAAAGAGCAUUUCUAAAAACAGUUCGUUGUUCAAGUUGACGCCCUGGCUGGAUAACUACGGAAUCAUGCGAAUGCGCGGCAGAAUCAACGCUUGUACCCAAGCCACCGAAGAUGCCAAAAAUCCUAUCAUCCUCCCACGCAACCACCACACCACAGAUCUUCUAAUCACACACUAUCACAAUAAGUACCACCACCAAAACCAUGAGACUGCCAUAAAUGAAAUCCGACAGAAAUACUGCAUUCCUAGACUACGAACGACAUAUGCGAAGGUACGAUACAACUGCCAACACUGCAAAAACCAACGAGCCACCCCACGGCCACCCAUAAUGGCCGACCUGCCGUCCGAGAGACUAGACGCCUACGCUCGACCUUUCACGCAUAUUGGAAUUGAUUAUUUCGGACCAGUGGAAGUCGUUGUGGGCCGUCGAGUGGAGAAACGUUGGGGUAUGCUGAUAACAUGCCUGACAAUCCGUGCAAUCCAUAUAGAAGUUGUGAACACUUUAAAUACCGACUCGUGCAUUAUGGGACUUCGCAUCUUCAUAGCACGUCGAGGUACACCCAAGACCAUCUACAGCGACCGUGGAACCUGCUUCAUCGGAGCAAGCCGCGAAUUACGAGAAGCAGCGAUGACAAUCAACCAGAUCGAGGUGAUGAAAGAGUUCAGCGGUGCCGAGAUAACCUGGAAGUUUAACCCGCCAUCAUCACCCCAUAUGGGUGGUAGUUGGGAACGUCUCGUCGGUGUAGUCAAACGGAACCUUAUGACAAUUAGCCCUCCACACAGGCCAAACGAUGAGAUGCUUCGAAGUCUUCUGGCCGAAAUCGAAAACACCGUUAACACUCGGCCGCUGACACACGUCCCAGUCGACGACGAAUCCGCACCUGCUCUUACCCCUAAUCACUUCCUCCUGGGGUCGUCCGACGGCUCUAAACCACUUUGCGCUCUUGACGAUAGCGGAACAACUCUGCGGAGAUCCUGGCGAAUGUCUCAACAGUUGGCCAACCUAUUCUGGAAACGUUGGCUUACCGACUAUCUACCGGAGAUCACACGCAGAACAAGAUGGUAUGCGAAUACCAAGCCAAUAGCGAUCGGCGACGUAGUCAUCAUCGUUGACCCGAAGCUGCCGAGAAACUGUUGGCCAAAAGGCAAGGUCAUCGGAACUAGUGUCAGCCAAACGGACCACCAGAUCAGGGCGGCGACGGUGAAAACUGCAAACGGAAUACUCGAGCGCCCUGUAGCCAAGCUGGCCGUAUUGGAUGUACGGCGCGACGAUCUGUAA